GGCACUUAGAGUAUACUUGCAGAGCAUCUUGUGGUGUUGUUAACACCUCGCAUGUAUUUCUCUAGAGGUAUACAUGGGUAUACUAUCAAAAAGCGCGGGAUCCUGGAAAGAAAUGUCUGCUUCCUUUCGUCGACAGCUUUGCCGCGCUUUAAAUUGAACCUGAAAUGUCCGUGAAACUGCGCAGCAAGAUCCUCAAAAGCUUCCAAAUUAGAGGCUUCACGCUUCGCAGUGAGGCUAGCAAGUUCUUGCUGGAGGCCUUGACAUCCUUGGACGAGAAUCACCAGGACUUGUGGCUGCGACGUCUGCUGGACUCGCUGCAGGCGCAGCGGAUUGAUGGACCCUUCCUCACCAAGGAUGACCUGCUCGGCUGCAUCCGUGAGUUUGAACGGGCUGACAAUGAUGGCACCGAUGUCCGUCUUCUGGUGGCCAACGCCUUUUCCCUUGCGCCACUGACUUAUUGCCAGGAACGGCACAAGUUUGUCCCUCGUGAGUUGGCGGGCCACAGUGGGCCUCCACGACUGUUUGCCGAUGCGGGGGCCAAGGCCUUCUUCUUCCGUGAGCGCUACCAGCUGGUGCUGCAGAAGACGUCACGCCACCACUGCUUCUCCUCGAGGUCGCGCCUGCCCGCUGGCACCUCUGGCUUUGACCUGCGACCGAUCGAGCACCUGCUGGGCACCACGGGUGAACGUGUGGUCGUGCUUGGCAUGCUCUGCCAGCUCGAAGAGGGCAACUACUUCCUCGAGGACACAACUGGCUCCGUGAAAAUCGACACUUCUGGCACUAAGUUCACAGCAGACCUGUUUGUGGAAAACAGUCUUGUGCUGGCCGAGGGCUGCUACGAUGACAUGGUUUUCCAUGUGGAUGCCAUGGGCCUGCCUCCCAUUGAGUCAGCUGUGGAAACGCUGAAAUACAUGGGCGGCGCCAGCAUCUUCGACAAGUUUCCCGAGAAAUUACGGACACAGCUGGAGCUGAGCGAUCUGCCAGACAAUGCCCUGUUUGUGCUCCUCUCUGAUGUCUGGCUAGACCAACCCAAGGUCCUGUCGCACCUGCGAGUGCUGUUCACUGGUUUCGCACAGGGUGCCCCUGCCUGCUUUGUGCUGGCGGGAAACUUUCUAUCGCGCUCCACAGGCCUCCAGAAAGACUGUGCACUCCUCAAAGAGGGUUUCAAGGCACUGGCCGACAUGCUCAGCGAGUUCCCGCUCCUAGUCAAGCACUCGCGCUUCAUCUUCGUCCCGGGACCCAAGGACCCUGGCCUCUCCAACGUGCUGCCCAGGCCGGGCCUUCCCCGCCAGGUGACGGAGCCCCUGCAACCUCGUGGCGGUGCCGGUGAAGGGGAGGGCGGUGCUGGUGCACUGGCCGAGCGGUGCCACUGGGCGAGCAACCCGUGCAGGUUGCUCUACUGUGGCCGCCAGGUGGUGCUGUGGCGGCAGGACGGCCUCGCCAAGGCAUGCCGCAAUGCAGUGCACCGGCCCUGGGACAAGGCGGGCCUUGACCUCGCACAAGUGUACACGCGGAGCCUGGCAGCCAAUGCCCACCUGAGCCCUGUCUCGCUUGUGGUAACGCCCGUCUACUGGGAAUGGGACUUUGCCCUCUGGCUGCACCCACUGCCAGAUGCCGUCAUCUGCUUCGACUCCUGCGAUGCCUUUACCGUCGAGCAAGCCGGAUGCAUCUUCUUCAACCCCGGUUCAUUCCCAAAGACAGACUACGCCUUCAAGGUCUACUACCCUGCCUUCAAGAAGGUCGAAGACAGCCAGAUUGGGAAUGUCGCAGAGUAAUUGACCUCGACGAUGGCCCUCCAGCUAGCUCACCAUUGCUCCCAUGUCGGCAGAGAUGAACAUGACUGAGUGAUUGUGGGAAGUGUUUAAACACAAUAAUGGCACCCAUUUAUCUUAGUGCAGUCAUGUGGAACUGUAUAAAUUGCUAUAAAUUUCUAAUGAUAACAUGCCCAUCAUGAAUCACAACAUUAUUUUCUAGGAGUGUGCGAAAGAGUAGUGCCCUAUUCCAUUCAGUCUUCGAAUUGAAUAGUCACUACCUGUUAACAUGAAUAUUUUAUUACAUAGUUUUCGAAUAUUUCAGGAUGUUAGCUGUAUGCAAUCAAACAUGAAACUUGAUCCCUACAAGCAUAUUACACGAAUAAAAUAUCAAAACCUC